GACGCGGGCGGGGCGCUCCCCCCACCCAACAUGGCCGCCGCGUGGAGCUCGCGGGCGCCGGGAGAGCCGGGGCCGCGCGUGUGCACGCGGAGCUGUGGAGGAGGAGGAGGCCGCGGGUCGACACCUUCCCCCCGGUGCUGCUUGGAGGAAGAGAAGGCGGAGGAGGGGCUGAGGGAGGACAAGACAGAACGGACAUUUCACUAAAACUCAACUUUUUAAAUGUUAAGUUAAUUACGCAAACGGGAAAAUGCAGAACAACAUUGGUGAAGCGGAGGUUGAGAUUUCUGUGCAAGCAUACAGCAAAAUGAUCCUUCAUGCCGCCAAGUACCCGUCGCGCGCCAUCAGUGGGCUGCUGCUGGCUGAGCAGAAUCCAGGUCGGGGGAGCGGUAGGCGGGGGAGUGAAGCCGGAGGAGGCUCUGGCGAUGGUGGUGGAGGUGGCCUGGCCGGGAGUCGACGCGUGCUGCUCACGGACUGCGUGCCGCUGUUUCACCUGGCGCUGCCUCUCGCUCCCAUGCUUGAGGUGGCCUUUGCCCAGUUGGACAUGUGGGCCAAAGAGAAAGAUCUUGUAAUCGCUGGUUACUACCAAGCUAACGAGAGCUGCACCGACGUCAGCCCUAACCAGGUCGCAUACAAAAUCUCUGACCUCAUAUCGGAGAAUUAUAGUGAUGCCGUUUUAAUCAUGAUUGAAAAUCGUCGAAUGAGCCGCGACUGUGCCACGUCGGCACUGCACGUGUACAACAACUCGGGUGGACAGUGGCAAACCAAGCAGCCAGGCCUCGUGUGUCUGGAGCCCGAUUGCCUGGCUGUGGCGUCGGGGCUGCUGAUACAGAGAGCGCACGUGCAGCUCAUGGAUUUUGACAACCACCUGGACAACCCAACCCUCGACUGGGCAAACCCAGUACUCAACCGCCUCAUCCUCGACUCUUGCUGACCAGAGUUAACCUGACUUGUCCCUAAACCUUCGCUUCCUCUAAUCCAAUUAAUCAACCCAAACCUGACCCACACUGGACAGUUGUUGGUCUGACCUAACUCGACCUUCAACAACCUGAACGUGAACUCUUCAUGAACUGAUCUGACCUCACUCACAACCACCUCUUCCUACAUUCCCGCUGACUGUACAAGAUACAACCUGUAGGCAUCUAACAAUUUUUUCCCCAUCACGAUCGUGGUCCUGAUGCCGUUAAAGACUCCGUUAUUCUUUUCAAAACAUAUGUUUGCGGUAAAUGUAGCACUUUGUAUGGCUGCAGGAAUUACACGAACCCAUUACAUACAACAUCCACCAAUUGUAAAAACUAUUGUUUGUUACACGCAUGAUUCGGUGCAUGUAGCUAUAGAGUAAGAAUUGAUUUUAUUUUAGGAA